UGACGUAAAGGGACAUCCGGUCCUGCUCCUAGUGUCCGCAGUCGCGUCAGUUCGCUUUCCUAGAUUUUUAGUGGAUUUUUCUGCAGAGUCCUGGCCCACUGCCUGGAUUUACUGCUGCCGCGGGGCGAUCCCACACUUUUCCCUGCCCCUUGGCGCCUGGAGUGAGGCGGCCUCCCGCGAGGGUGAGCGAGGUCGGCCCGGAGCACGCGCGAGUAAGACGACAAAAUGCCUAAAAAGAAGACUGGCGCGAGGAAGAAGGCUGAGAACCGUCGGGAACGUGAAAAACAGCUAAGAGCAUCAAGAAGUACCAUAGAUUUAGCUAAACACCCAUGUAAUGCUUCAAUGGAAUGUGACAAGUGUCAGAGGAGGCAGAAGAAUAGAGCAUUUUGCUAUUUUUGUAAUUCUCUUCAGAAGUUACCAAUUUGUGCACAAUGUGGGAAAACAAAGUGUAUGAUGAAAUCUUCAGACUGUGUCAUAAAGCAUGCUGGUGUUUACAGUACUGGCCUUGCAAUGGUGGGUGCAAUAUGUGACUUUUGUGAAGCCUGGGUUUGCCAUGGAAGGAAGUGUCUCAGCACACAUGCCUGUGCCUGCCCUCUCACUGAUGCCGAGUGUGUUGAGUGUGAACGGGGUGUGUGGGACCAUGGCGGCAGAAUAUUCAGUUGUUCUUUUUGUCAUAACUUUCUCUGUGAAGAUGAUCAGUUUGAGCAUCAAGCCAGCUGCCAGGUUUUAGAGGCAGAAACAUUUAAAUGUGUUUCAUGCAAUCGGCUUGGCCAGCAUUCUUGUCUACGUUGUAAGGCUUGUUUCUGUGAUGAGCAUACAAGGAGCAAGGUAUUUAAGCAGGAAAAAGGAAAACAGCCUCCCUGCCCUAAAUGUGGACACGAAACUCAGGAGACUAAAGAUCUUAGCAUGUCAACACGCUCCCUGAAAUUUGGCAGGCAGACUGGAGGUGAUGAGGGUGAUGAAGCUUCUGGGUAUGACGCCUAUUGGAAGAACCUUUCAUCUAACAAGUAUGGUGAUACCAGCUACCAGGAUGAGGAGGAAGAUGAGUAUGAAGCAGAAGAUGAGGAGGAGGAAGAAGAUGAAGGCGGAAAGGAUUCAGAUACUGAGUCAUCAGAUUUGUUUACUAAUUUGAAUUUAGGAAGAACCUACGCCAGUGGCUAUGCUCACUAUGAGGAACAAGAGAACUAGGAGAGCUGCUUGCCUUUUGGCGGCCGGUGUCAGAGGAGCAGGGGUGUGUGUGCUUGAUGAGUCAUGUGGGGAUGUUCCAAAGUCCCGUCACUUAGCCUUGUGCAAAAGGUUCUAGUCAUGCUUCAUGGGGCAAGGAGUGGGGCAUAACCAUUUUUAUAGCAACUCAUAUUCAGGCUUAUACGAAAAAAUGAGUUUCAGAUGGAAGGUUUUUAUUGAUCCAAGCAACUGAAACAUCAUGGAUUGGAUUAGUAUUGAUUUCAGUAAUCUAGUAGGUUUUGCCAAUUAGAUUCAUAUACAGGAUAAAGGAAUAGGAUGGUAAUAUAUUCAAAAUUAAAUUGCGAUUUUUAUUAAAAAACUGCUCAUCAGUUCACUCUGUCUGAUUUUGUAAAAUGUAAUGGGUAAAAUGAAUACUGCAUUUUUCCUUUUAUGUCCACAGAAUAAAAGUCACAUGUUGUUAUAUUCUAAAUCUUCAUUAAAUAUUCAUGUUAAGUAGUCAUGAUAUGUAUGUUUUAGUGGUUAACUUACAUUUAUCUUUUUCUUCACAGUAUAUGUCCAGAACAGUACCUAUUGUUAAUGCCUAAAUGUAUAGACAAAGGUGACUACUCAGCCAUUUUUCAGUGACACAAAUUCAAGAAUAGUAUUAUACAGAUGCUUUACCCAGGAAAUUUCAUUUUUCUUUGAAUAAAUCUCGUAUUUCACUUA